AUGGCCGACACUGCGCCUCUACAAGACCCUCUAGCGGAUAGAGGGCCAGAACUGAGUGGCACCACCACGGCGCUACUUGUUCUCGCGACGGUAUUCGUAGGAUUGCGGUUCUGGGCGCGAUGGACGGUUGGGUUUCACUACGGCCUCGAUGACUGGUUCAUGGUGGUUGGAUUGUUGUUUACCUUUGUUGCCGGAGCUCUCAACUAUGCUAUGAUCGCGCAAGGUCUGGGACGUCAUGCCGUAACUCUAUCCCUGAACCAACAGGUGGAAUUCCUCAAGCUUCUGCUAGCAUUCGAGUGCAUAUAUGUCACCGCCGUCAUGUUCGUCAAGCUCUCGCUGCUGCUGAUGUAUCGCCGUAUCUUCCCGUCUAGGGGUUUCAAAAUCUCGGCCAUAAUUUUGGGAGCCAUCACCAUUGCUUGGUGGAUAUCGAUUGUCCUAGUCUGUGUCUUCCAGUGUACGCCAGUAGCCAAAGCAUACAUGCCAUGGAUAGAUGGCACUUGUAUAGACCUCAAGGCCUCGUUCAUUGGGAACGCCAUUCCUAACAUCCUGACGGACGUCGCGAUUCUCUGCCUGCCCAUCGGUCAGGUAUGGAGGCUUCAGGUAACACUUGUGCAGCGCCUGUCGCUAUGCUUCAUGUUUUUGUUAGGUGGAUUAGUAUCUACCGCUUCACGACGAUUAUGCAAUUCGAAAUCGCGGACACAACAUGUAAGCAACCGAUGCUGGAGGCUAUACUCAGUGCUAACCUCUCUAGGGACUCUUGCAACGGCAUGCACAUGGUGUGUCGUUGAGUGCGCUUGUGGUGUGAUUAGUGCAUGCCUGCCAACACUCCGGCCGCUCAUGGUCAAGGUCUCUUCGCAAUUUGGAAGCAUAGCAACCAAAUACAACCUUUCUGGUGGACAGAGUGGUGGUCGUGCCACCAAAAUGGGCAGUCGUGGUCCUACGGAACUCAUAACAAUCGGAGGGACCGGUGGCAAAUCGGCCGAUAAAGGUUUCAAGCGUCUCGGGACUGAAGACGGCAAGUACGGUGUCACAACAAGUGUCACCGGACGAACCGAACGGACUGUUAAGGACCAAAACGAAUUUGAUUCAGACGAAGACCUUACGAUUCAAGGCGGCAUCCGCAUCAAGGUCGAUCAGGAGGUACGCUGGGGCGAGGAAAACAAGAAGUAUCAGGGGUCACAUUACCAGGCUUCCUCGAGAAGCACUUCACCUUCUGGCCCUAGAAUGUAG